AUGGGCCAAGAGAUAUCACAACAGCAACAGCAGCAACACCAACAACAACUAACGCACUACCAUAAACGAUCCCAACAGCAACAACAACAGCUACGCAAAAGCUACAAUCCCCAAAAGGACCCCAUCUAUACACCCUCCAGCCAUCUAUCCAGUAGCUCCUAUUCCAAUACUACCAGCAGCAGCACCAGCACCAGCAACGCCCACAGUGACUACGAAGCCAACUAUCGCCUACGUCACAAAUAUAAUCUAAGCAAACAGACAUACGAGCGUACGAAAAUUCUUGGAAAAGGUGCAACAACCAGCACAAGCCAAUCAUCGGACACCGACUCACAUUACGCCAAAUUGAAUAGCAAGUAUUUGCAUCGCUGCAGCUCACAGAGUUCCGAUAGCGGCAUCUACAACUCAUCCUGCCAUUGUUCAUCGCUCUCAUCACUUUCGGCCGUCAGCAGCAGUUCGGCCAGCUCGAGCAGUGGUUGUCCCAGUUCUUCGCUACUCUCGAGUAAAUCGAGCCAUUCGCUUGACAAACAGAAACACUAUUUAAGCCAUCAUUUGUACAUUAAAUCAUAUCUGGAUAUCUUGGAGGAAGACGAACGGGCACGCGCCCAUUUCAAAUCGGCGCGACCAGGUGGCAUACGAAAUUAUACACCGAAAAUACUUGCCAGUGGUGGUGAAUCUUCUAGUUCGACAUUAUCGGCAAGUGCACCCACAUCUGGUUACGGCGGUUACACGCAGCGACAGCGUUCCACAUCGACAAGUAUUGCAUCCGCAUCGACAGUAACCACAACUCCAUCCGUCGAUCCCGAGAACAAGGUUCAGGAGCCAUCGGCCAUACAUCGUCAGUAUGAUUUCGUUGUGAUCGGCGGUGGCUCUGCCGGAGCUGUGGUGGCGAAUCGUUUAAGCGAGAACCGCAAUUGGACCGUACUGCUCUUGGAGGCAGGCGGCGAUGAAACUGAAAUCUCUGAUGUGCCAGCUCUUGCCGGUUAUUUACAAUUAACGGAAUUGGAUUGGAAAUAUCAGACGACGCCAUCGUCCACACGGCAAUAUUGUCAGGCCAUGAAGGGGGAUCGUUGCUUUUGGCCCAGAGGCAAAGUGUUGGGCGGCAGCUCUGUCCUGAAUGCAAUGGUCUAUGUGCGGGGCUCAAAGAACGACUAUGAUCAUUGGGCCUCGCUGGGCAAUCCCGGUUGGGAUUACGGACAAAUGUUGAAAUAUUUCCUGAAAUCGGAGGACGUACGCAAUCCAUACCUGGCCAAAACACCAUAUCACGAGACCGGCGGCUAUCUAACAGUGCAGGAGGCGCCAUGGCGUACUCCUUUAUCGAUAGCCUUUCUCCAAGCCGGCAUGGAAAUGGGCUAUGAGAAUCGUGACAUUAACGGAGCCCAACAGACAGGAUUUAUGCUCACCCAGAGCACCAUAAGACGUGGAGCAAGAUGCAGCACGGGCAAGGCUUUUAUACGUCCAGUGCGUUUGCGCAAGAAUCUGGAUGUUCUGCUCCAUGCAGAGGCCACACGCAUCCUAUUCGAUGCGAAACAGAAACGAGCCUUUGGCGUCGAGUAUAUGAAGAAUGGACGGAAGCAAUUGGUGUUUGUGCGUCGUGAGGUAAUUGUGAGUGCCGGUGCCUUGAAUACCCCAAAGCUAUUGAUGCUAUCGGGUGUGGGCCCGGCAGAGCAUUUGCAAGAGCACAAUAUACCAGUAAUUUCGGAUUUGCCCGUUGGCAGCAAUAUGCAAGAUCAUGUGGGCCUGGGCGGACUGACAUUUGUAGUAGAUGCCCCAUUGACGGUAACCCGGAAUCGUUUCCAAACCAUACCCGUUUCCAUGGAGUAUAUACUAAGAGAACGUGGCCCUAUGACAUUUUCAGGAGUGGAGGGAGUGGCAUUCCUUAACACUAAAUAUCAAGAUCCAUCUGUCGAUUGGCCUGACGUUCAAUUCCACUUCUGUCCGAGCUCCAUAAACUCUGAUGGCGGCGAACAGAUUAGGAAAAUUCUCAAUUUACGCGAUGGCUUUUACAAUACGGUAUAUAAACCGCUGCAACAUAGUGAAACUUGGUCAAUACUGCCACUCUUGUUGCGUCCAAAGAGCACCGGUUGGGUGCGUCUCAAUUCCCGCAAUCCAUUGCAGCCACCAAAAAUAAUACCCAAUUAUUUUGCCCAUCAAGAGGAUAUCGAUGUAUUGGUAGAGGGCAUUAAAUUGGCCAUUAAUGUCUCGAAUACCCAAGCAUUCCAGCGUUUCGGCUCGCGAUUGCAUAACAUACCGUUGCCCGGUUGUCGUCAUUUACCCUUCCAAUCGGAUGCCUAUUGGGCCUGCUGCAUUAAGGAAUUCACUUUCACCAUCUACCAUCCGGCUGGCACAUGUCGCAUGGGCCCCAGUUGGGAUGUCACUGCCGUGGUCGAUCCACGCUUGCGAGUCUAUGGUGUGUCGGGUGUGCGGGUGGUUGAUGCCAGCAUCAUGCCCACCAUAGUCAAUGGCAAUCCAAAUGCCCCGGUUAUUGCCAUUGGCGAGAAGGCCUCCGAUAUGAUUAAAGAGGAUUGGGGGGCACGUAGACCACAGCCAGCAGCACCGCCCCCACCACCACCACCACCACCACCAGCAGCAGCAGUUUCUCAAUCAGCAUCACCACCACCAGCACCACCAUUAAAAGCAUCAUUAUUACCACGAUCUUAGUUUUAUUGACAUCUUUCUCAUCCUCAAUGCCUAUCGUCUAAUUUCAACUAGUCAAAUGUGGAUUACAAUUUCAUCAUUCAUACUCGUAAUAUUUUUUUGUGUUUAUCUAAGAGUAGAAAUUGUUUUGCAACUGCUUAAAUAUUUAUAUAAUUAUUUU